UCUUCACUCUUCACUCCCUCCUCCUCACUCCUCUCAACCCACCCCUCCCCCCCCUCCGUGUACGCAUUGCGCAAACACUACCUACCUACCAACCCUCCACCUCACCACCAUGUCUUCGUCGCAGAGCCAGCCGACGCCCUCGCAGAGCGUGGGCCCAGAGUACCGCCCCGCGCACAAGAAGCCCACGGCUACCGUCUCGACCAAGCUCGCCCACGACAAUGUGCAUAUCCUGCCGCAGACGCCGCAACUCAUCGCCCUUCUGACCAUGAUAAGGGACAAGAACACUGAUCGCGCCGACUUCAUCUUCUACUCCAACAGGAUCAUCCGUCUCCUGGUCGAGGAGGGCCUGAACCAUUUGCCCGUCGUCGAGCGCUCCAUCACCACGCCUCUCAACACCACCUACUCGGGUGUCAAGUUCGAGGGCAAAAUUUGCGGCGUUUCCAUCAUGAGGGCCGGAGAGUCCAUGGAACAGGGUCUUCGCGACUGCUGCAGGUCCGUCAGGAUAGGCAAAAUUCUGAUCCAGCGCGAUGAGGAGACGAGCAAGCCAAAGCUGUUCUACGACAAGCUCCCCGAAGAUAUUGCGGACCGCUGGGUACUGCUGUUGGACCCCAUGUUGGCAACAGGUGGUUCUGCGUUGAUGGCAGUCGACGUGCUGAGGUCUCGUGGCGUCCCGGAGGAACGCAUCCUUUUCCUUAACUUGAUUGCCAGUCCGGAGGGGGCAACGAACUUUGCGGAGAAGUAUCCCAAAUUGCGUGUCAUCACUGCAUUCGUCGAUGCUGGCCUUGACGACAAGAACUACAUUGUCCCGGGCCUUGGUGAUUUCGGCGACAGGUUCUACACCAUGUAAACGGUUAUGAUCAUCGCCUAUCUAUUGUAGGCGAUUGGAUAUAUCCAAGCUAGCGGAAUUUGAGCCAGAUUUGUUGAUUGUUGAAGCUUCUAAAAAUAGCGAGGCCGCCUGGAUGGCGAAUGCAACAAAGAACCGCUGUGCCGGAAACCAGGUACUUCGAUGAAAACAUCACGUUUUCGAAUGAACCGGGUAUCUGCAUCGCAACGGCAAGGUGCCGAAGCGCUGUGGGCUAGGUAGUCACAUGGCCCACGGGUAAAUAUAAGGAUAGCAAAUGCCAACUGUCCAAAUCCCAUACAGCCUGA